CAGCACAUCUGUCCUACAUCCAAAGUACAUAUCCAGGGCAAGUGUAUAUCAAGUUCGGGUAUCCAAAUCAAACUCUAUUUCCAAACUAGGUCCACCAUCUGGGCAGCGUCGUAACAUUGACAAAGAAUCAUUCCCCUCACCAGUCACGCAUCAUGGAUUCCGAAAAUAACGAGUUCCAGCUCUUCACAUCCUUGCGAUAUGAUCCGUUGCUUCUCAGAUCGGACGAGAACUCAAGGACGAUCUUGAACUUCGUAACACCUUCGCCUUUUUAUAUGCUUGCGUACCAUCGAGAUCGCAUGGUUGAAGCCGCCCAGCACUUUGAUUUCUUCGAGGUCGAAAAACGACUUAAAGAUGGGAAAGCUUUACACGACGAAUUAUCCAGACAGGUACAAGAAGAGAUCAGGAAGACAGGAAAGGAUGAAGCAAUGAAGCUUCGACUUCUGUUCGACAAAGCCGCCAACCUGACUGUGGAGUUCACUCCCAUACCCGCUGUACCACUCUCCACACUAUACCCCCCAUCAUUAGAUCCACCAAAAUCAGGAACCCAACAACACCCCGCCGACACCUUUAAGCCCUCUCCCUUGACAGGCGGCGCCCUCAACCUCGGACCCUCAGACACCCUUCCAGCCGCCACAUCAACACCACCUGCUCCACCAGAAUGGAAGAUCAAGCUGGACACCGAGCCAACACCUUCCUCACCGUUCACAUUAUUGAAGACUACAAAGCGCGAAAUGUACGAUCAAUCUCGUCAACGCGCCUUACCUGAUAACCCCGCCGGCCCGGCCUAUCGCGAAGUAAUGCUCUACAACGAAGUCAACGAACUUACAGAAGGCACACUAACAUCUCUCUACCUCUUCCGUGGCGGACGGUGGGUGACACCACCUGUUGGCGUGCCAUCUGGCGAGUUCACGAGUAAGACCUUGAAGAAUGACGGGGCUGAUGAGGGGGAGUUGAGGAAGCCAUUUGCGGGGCGUUGGGGGCAUAGUACGAGGAGUGCGAAAGUCGGCGCGGGUGGGCAGAGGGGAACGAGUCGAAGGUGGGCGUUGGGGAGCGGGUAUUGUAUGGAGGAGCCGGUGGGAAUUGAAACGGUCGAGGUGGGGGAGGGAGUGUGGGUUAGUAAUGGGGUUAGGGGCUUUGGUUUUGGAAGGGUUGUUGGGUAGAGGUGCGUUGGUUGCUUUGAUGUAUCAGCUGCGCGUUGCAGGGCUGGUCUGGAAAUGGAGUGGCAACAUAAAGAAAAGCCAACCUUGGAUCAUUGAUCCACUUCAUCCACUGGUAGUACGAUGACGCACAGCAGACGAGCCAGUGACAUCGCUCGUAACUUGAAGUUUUGGCGCAAAAACUACAUCCCCAAAUGAAAUUCAUUGCG